AUGGAGCGGAGCCGCGUCGUGGUGAUCCUGCUGUGCGCCCUGUGCGUUCCCGCGGCGCUUCCGUCGGGAUCGGGAUCAGAACUUCCCUCGGGAUCGGGAUUGGGAUCGGAGCUUCGAUUGGGAUCGGGAUUGGAGCCCUUCCCUUUGGGGCUGAAGGCCGUGGUGUCGGUGAACGCCACCCCGUGCAGCGUGUCCUGCGGGCCGGGCGUGAAGGAGGAGCAGCGCUGCGAGGUGACCCCGGCCGGGGAGCUCCGCAACUGCUCCCUGGUGCGCUCCCGCUGCCUCAGCGAUUGGCUCUGCGGCCUCCAGCACCUCAGCGCUGCCCAGGGAAAACCCUUCCAGCUCACCUGCCUCUCCCCGGAGCUCGCCCGCCUGGAGGGACGGAAUUUCGGCUACACCUGGAGGUUCUCCCCGGGGCUCAUCACCACCAACGACCUCCUGUUCCAUCCCAUCCGCAACCCCAGCCCUUCGCUGCGCUUCUCGCCCGCGCUGGAGGCGCAUUCCGGCACCUACCGCUGCGACGUGCAGGCGCUCAGCUCCUUCCAGAUCCUCAAGAGGAUCUACUUCGGCCUCAGGGUGAUCCCCGGCGAUCUGGUGGAUCUGGACUUCCAGAAAUCCCUGACGUGGGAGCAGCAGCAGCUGGCGGCCAACGGGGAGGAGGCGCCGGGGAACGGCAGCGGCGCGGCGGAGCCGGAGGGGCGGCGCGGAUUUUGGGAGAUGCUCUGGUUCUACGAGGUGGUGCUGGGGCUGGGCAGCGGGGUCAUCCUGGGGGUCCUGAUGGGCAUCGUGCUCUGUUGCCUGGGCAGGCUGUGCAGCAGGAGAGCGGCAGCAAGGAUUAACGCGGAGUGA